UAUAAAAUGCCGAAAGCUUUAAAAAAUCACCAUGAAGGCAUUCAGUAUCACAAGAUACGAAAAGGGAAUGAACCCGGCUGUUACCAAUUACACAGACCCUCGCAAUGUCGCCUCAAGUUCCCACUGACCAAUCAGCCGAUACACAAAUGCGAAGAGCCCGAGCACCAGUACACCAUGGUUCCACAAGACGGCGGCUGGAGGACCCUGAUGGUUCCGAAGGCCGAGCCAAACCUCUACCCUGCGGUCAUGCCAAAGAAUGAGUAUGAUCGACUGAAAAAGCAAGCUAAGAUUGUGACCCAAGAAGAACAACUCCAAGCAAUGCAUGCUCAGGAAGCGGCGAUACAAAAAGCUGCCAAGGAGUCCGAAGCCAGAAAACAGAAGUUGAAGCAGCAGUUGAAACCACAACCUGGAGCCGAAGCGGCAUCUGGUACCGCUGAUCCAGAGCUAGAUGGACCGGAUCAGGCUGCACAUACUUUGUCUAGAGCUGAAAUCCUUCGUGCCAACAACAUGCAAGGUCCACGGCUCUGCAACCGCAUCAUCCUGGCAUCCAAGUGCCACGCCAUUCGCGACGCGCAAAUCUCUGAGAAGGACCUUAUCAAGAAAGAACUCGAUGAGGAAGAGAAGAGAUUAGACGCAAUCAUGGAAGAGAACCGCCAAGCAGCAGUUCAUCGCGCCGAGGAAGAAGAGGAAAGAAGACAUCGCCUUCGUCUCCAGAACCUCGCGGCGCUCAAGGAACAGAUCAACACUCACGAGACUGCUAAGAUCAUGGAAGCAGAGCGCAUCGAAGAAGAGAGCAUCCGAGUGAACCAGGCCAACAUCGCCAUGCAGAUCGACGAGGCACACAAACUCAAAAAGAAGCACGGCCGACAAGCAAAGCUCAAGGAAAUGUUGGAUCAAGGUAAUGCUGAACUGCUCUACUACAAGCAAAUGCAGAACGAAGAGGAACGCAUCAUGAACUUGCGCAUAUCAAACUUUAUCAAGCAGAAGCAGGAGCGAGAAGCCAAGAUCAGAGCCGAAGCGGAGGCCGUUAAAGCGGCAAAACAGAAGGGCAUUGAUCACAUCGCCAAAGCACAAAAGGCAGAGCAAGAGCUCAAAGAGGAGUUGGAGCGUAUCCGCAAUCUGAAGAUCCAAGAGGACGUGGAGCGCGAAUACCGGCGCAAGGAGCGUGAGGCCGCCAUCAAGCGCAACCGAGAAAUGCAAAGGUUGCACGAAGCCAGAGUUAAUCAAAUAAACGAUAUACACCGUCUCAUUGCCAGAGAAAUAGCAAAAGAUGAGCAGAGUUUUAACAACGCAGCUCGCCAGAACGAGGAGUUUAUUCGUAAGGAGAAAGAGCUCGAAGAGAAACACAAGGCCCGCGUGGAACAACAUCGUCAAGAAAUAAUGAAGCAAAUCAACGACAAGGAACGUGCUCGAGCCGAACUUCGCGAGAAGAUUCACAACGAAGGUGUUGCAUUGCGCAUGGAGCAAGAGCAGCAAGACAAGUACGAGAGAAAAGUCAUCAAACAGAAGGUGGGUGACAUGAGACAGCAGAAGGUUGCCGAGAAGUAUGUCAAAGAAGUGGAACAGACGCUCGGGAAACAUGGCUAUUAAACAUUACGCCAAAAUCGACAAGGAGAUUCGAAUCAGUCACGUUUCUAUGUCAUCAAAAUCGGUUUAGUAAUUUUCAAGCUUGUUAUUAAUAUUAAAAACGCAGUCAACGACUAGUAAAGUGUUUUUUAUGAUGCUUUAAAUUUUGAUGUCUUACUUCCUUGGCAUUUUCUCUGAUAGGAGAGCGAAUCUCUCAUACAAGAUGUGGCAGAUGUCUGAGCUUUAGAUUUUCCCCGCUAUUUCGAAGCAGGUUGUCGGGAUUUAUCGCUUAUCUGUAAUAAUAAACGGCACGGGUACGGCUAGGAGGUUAAAAGGCUAAUUCCUAAAUCGAUAUCGAGGUUUUUUUUGGUCUAAAUAUAAAUAAUGAUUAGCCACGACUUAGAAAUCGAACAUCUUAAGCACUAGACAACGAGGUAUUUACUAUUAUCACACGAUCGAGUUAACUAUUCUCUGCGAUACCACCUAUGCCUUCCGCACUCUCGGCUUUAUAAUUAAUAUUUCACUCAUCCGCUUUGUAUUUAUAAAUUUUAUGAACGAAAUUUAGCACAGUUGCUAUUUUGUUUUUCUAUGUUAUUUGGGUUUUGUGUUUACUGCAAUAAAUACUGAGUAAAAAUAAGUAUUUUAUUGUAAAAUUAUAAUUAAUUUUAUUAUUGUUCA